AUCGGUAAACACAAACCUUCAGUCGUCCUGUCACUCAGCACCUGCUGUCUAAUGAUCUCCACAACGUCCAGCACGGCUGAGAUGGUGACGCAGGGUAAACUGCAGAUCACCUCCAUGGAGGUCGUUGAAGACAAAACCUCGGGCCGACUGGGAUGCUUCGGCUGGAUUUUGGUGGUGAUAUCGCUCAUCUUCAUCGCGGCAACCUUCCCUGUUACGAUAUUUAUGUGUGUCAAGAUCGUGCAGGAGUAUGAGCGAGCCGUCAUCUUCAGGCUGGGCCGAAUUGCAGACAGGAAACCCAAAGGACCGGGUCUUUUCUUUGUUCUUCCGUGCACGGAUAAUUUUGUCAAGGUCGACCUGAGGACUGUAUCCUUUGAUAUCCCACCGCAGGAGAUCCUGACCAAGGACUCGGUGACGGUUUGCGUGGACGGCGUGGUCUACUUCCGCAUCCAGUGCCCCAUCUCAUCCGUGGCCAACGUGUCCAACGCGCACUCCUCCACACGUCUGCUGGCCCAAACCACGCUGAGGAACGUCCUGGGCACCAAGAACCUCGCAGAGCUGCUCUCCGACCGAGAAGGCAUCUCGCUCAGCAUGCAGGAAUCCCUGGACGAGGCCACCAAUGCGUGGGGCAUAAAGGUGGAGCGCGUGGAGAUCAAAGACGUGAAGUUACCUCAGCAGUUGCAGAGAGCCAUGGCGGCGGAGGCGGAGGCCAGUCGGGAGGCGAGGGCCAAGAUCAUCUCUGCCGAGGGCGAGAUGAAGGCAUCCAGGGCCCUGAAGGAAGCCUCGCUGGUCAUCGCCGAGUCGCCGUCCGCCCUGCAGCUACGAUACCUGCAGACGCUGAACAGCAUCGCAGCUGAGAAAAACUCCACAAUCGUCUUCCCGCUUCCCAUCGACAUGCUGCAGAGCUUCAUGCACAGGAAGUGACGCCUUCAGUUAACAUGACGAACAGUUUUCCACCUUUGGACGUAGUAUCAGAGCUGUAACAGAGGCAGGACAAGCCCGAUGUUUAACACUUGGCACGCUCGCCCUGAAAACAAUGUUCGCUGCCCAGCAAAUAUUCCACAGCAUUGGCAGCUCAUGUGCAACCUAGUUCAGCUGUGAUUGAUAAUGACUGCUUGUCAUACGCAGUACUGGGUUUGUCUAACUCAAUCACCAAAUAGUUGGACCAGUGUAUCAGAUUUUUAGGUUCGUCUCACUAGAGCAAGGCUAUGUGUAGGUACUACGAAGCAGCAACAUCACAGACUACACAGACAGGUGAGUGUAAGCCACUAAUUUGUAGUCUCAGGAACACAGCAGCAGAAUCCCCACUCACAAGUCCAGUUAAUGCAGUACAACUGAUAUUAGAAAAAGUGCACUCACCAGAACAGAUUCUUGAGUAAGGAGGCAAAUGGAUGUCAGUACAACUCACAUGCCUCGACUCCACUUCACUUUGUAGCAGCAGGUGACAUGGGAAUGCAAUAGUAUUACUAUUUUGUUUUGUACACAUAUGGAGCACACUUAAACAGCACCGUGACUCAAAGAUAGUUACUUUGAAACUCACGUUUUCGUCGUUGUUUCACUCCUCGUCGGUUGGUAAAUGUGACGUUAAUAAACAUGUAGGUACUCAAAGGAAAAGGAGGAAAAACUCGGUGUUCAAACUUCUCCUUCUCAAACGUCUCCAAACAAGCAAGGUUCGAGUCAGGAUCUAUAUCCAAUUGCGCCGUCCAAUGUCGGGUUAAUACGAGCAGAACUUCAUACUUUCACCGGCGUCAAGGAGCAGAAUGUAACAAGUCUUCCAUCUAGCUCACUGGAGAGAUAGUGCUGAAGAUGGACAAAUUUGCCCGCAAAUCCGGGUACUGCCAGAAGGUGCUCUCUGAUUGGCCAGAGCCUUGGCAAUAUACAACGCUCUGAUUCGCCAAAACGAAACGUAGUAUACAUUCCUGAUCAAAGUC